CUAGAACAAAGGCAAGCCACAUAGAAAGAGGUGACUGAGUCUUUUCUACACUUGUCACCUGAGGGCUAGAGAAACUAAGAAGAUUUGGGGAACGGACCUGCUGCUCAGCUGUGCUUUCUGCAGGAGUCAAAGAGCCCUAGAGAGCUCUCCUUUGGGGAUGGGCUGAACACUUAGUGCUUCUCCCCAUGGAAAUCUGGAAUGCAUGAGUAGAGGUGGGGAAGCAGCAUUUCCCAUGAAGGGAACCCAGGGCGUCUCUUAGCUGGCGGGGAAUGUCUCUUAGCUGGCGGGGGAGUGUGCACUGCUGCACAGGACAUUGUGUGCAUGUGCUCUGGUAGACUUGAUGCUGCUGAGGGGCUGGAGCCUUUGCAAUGUGCCUGUCCCUUUAAAGAAGGGGAAAGCUGCUGCUCACACUCUGCCUCUGUGGGUGGACACAAGGCACUGGGAUCCGACUGCCUGAUGCCAGUUCAAGUGAGAGUGGAGAGAGAGAGCUGAGACAGAAGGGGAAAGAGGAAACCUGCUGCAAAAGAGGUGAAUGAGGGCAGAGAAAAGAGUAAGUAACACUGGAGAAGAGAAUAGCUUUGAGGGGGCGAAUAUUUGAAGGGAAAACCUUUGGCUGGAUCGAACAAAAGAUACAGUGAACUAUUUUCUCUGAACAAAUCUUAAUGAAAUAGCAUUUCAAGGAACAAUCGUGAUUUCAACAUGCCUUUCCAUGUGGAGGGGCUGGUAGCUAUAAUUGUGUUCUACUUGGCAAUCCUGCUUGUUGGAAUAUGGGCUGCCUGGAAAACCAAAAAUACUGGCAGCAGUGGAGACCGCAGAGAAGCCAUUAUAGUCGGUGGAAGAGAUAUAGGCUUGCUAGUUGGUGGAUUUACAAUGACCGCCACUUGGGUUGGAGGAGGCUACAUCAAUGGGACCGCAGAGGUUGUGUAUGUCCCAGGCUAUGGGCUGGCUUGGGCACAGGCACCCAUUGGAUAUUCCCUUAGCCUGAUUUUAGGUGGUCUGUUUUUUGCAAAACCCAUGCGUUCCAAAGGCUAUGUUACAAUGUUAGACCCUUUCCAGCAGAUGUAUGGAAAACGAAUGGGAGGGCUGUUGUUUAUCCCUGCAUUAAUGGGAGAGAUGUUCUGGGCUGCUGCCAUAUUUUCUGCAUUAGGUGCCACAAUAAGUGUGAUAAUUGAUAUAAAUAUCAAUAUUUCAGUUAUUGUUUCUGCUCUGAUUGCAACGAUGUACACUGUAGUGGGUGGACUGUACUCAGUUGCCUACACUGAUGUGGUUCAGCUCUUCUGCAUCUUCCUGGGGCUGUGGAUCAGUGUUCCUUUUGCAAUGUUGCAUCCUGCAGUUGAAGACAUUGGGCGCACAGCUGUGAAGAAAGUACACCAGGAACCUUGGCUUGGAAAUAUAAAAUCACCUGAUGUCUAUAACUGGAUUGACAAUUUCCUUUUAUUGAUGUUGGGAGGAAUCCCAUGGCAAGCAUACUUUCAGCGAGUUCUUUCUUCAUCUUCUGCCAUGUAUGCUCAAGUAUUAUCAUUUCUCGCUGCUUUUGGCUGUCUUGUGAUGGCUCUUCCAGCAAUACUCAUUGGCGCAAUCGGAGCAUCAACAAAUUGGACCCAGACUACGUAUGGUUCUCCAGAACCCUGGAGAAGACAAGAAGCAGAUAUGAUUUUACCAAUUGUGCUUCAGUAUCUUUGUCCUGUCUAUAUUUCCUUCUUUGGUCUUGGUGCAGUAUCUGCUGCUGUGAUGUCAUCAGCUGAUUCCUCAAUCUUAUCAGCAAGUUCUAUGUUUGCUCGGAACAUUUAUCAACUUUCGUUUCGUCAAAAUGCUUCAGACAAGGAAAUAGUAUGGGUGAUGCGAAUCACUGUUUUGGUGUUUGGAGCAUCAGCAACAGCAAUGGCACUGCUAGCUAAGUCAGUAUAUGGACUCUGGUACCUCAGUUCUGAUCUCGUUUACAUCAUCAUCUUCCCCCAACUGUUAUGUGUCUUAUUUAUUAAAGGAACCAACACCUAUGGGGCGAUUACAGGAUAUUUGUUUGGCCUCUUUCUCAGAAUAACAGGAGGAGAACCCUACCUUUACCUUCAGCCCUUGAUCGUCUAUCCUGGUUGUUAUAUCGAUGAAAAUGGUAUCUAUGUCCAGCGAUUCCCAUUUAAAACACUCGCCAUGCUUACUUCUUUCCUCACUAACAUUGCUGUCUCAUACCUAGCAAAGUACUUAUUCGAAAGUGGUACUUUGCCACCAAAAUUAGACUUCCUUGAUGCUGUUGUUGCAAAGUACAGUAAGGAACACAUGGACAAAACGACUCUUGUAAAAAAUGACAAUAUUAUGUUAAAUGAACUUGCACCCGUGAAUCCUCGUCACAGUCUAACUCUGGACUCAACUUUCACAAAUAAAGAUGCUUUCAGUGAUAUAGAUUCAAGCCCAGAGGUACCCAAUGCUAAAGAUAACUAAAAUGAAAUCUUGCUUUCACAUGAAAAGCAAUGAAGCAGGGUAGCCCCAUCACGAACAGUAAUAGAGGAAAGAGUUUUUCUGUGAUAUGUUUUA